GAUACAUUCGAAGUGAGUAGACACAAAAAUGGAGGAAUUCGAUGGUAUAUACAGGGAGUCAACCUUAGGCAAAGCACUGGAAGAUACCUUGCGGGAAAUGGAAGAAGCCGGGCGUGUUAAUUCAGGAUUAAUGAUUAAAGUCUUAGAACAAUUCGACAAAAGUAUGGCUAUCAUUCUGCCAGAAAUUACCAAGUCGCAGUUGGUCUUGAGUAAUGGAACCUGUGCUUCCUUUAAUAUACGGGAAGACCGGUCUAUAUUUCAACUUAAGAAUGUUGUGGUCACGGAAUGCGGCGAGGAAGUUACAUCAGCAGAGAAAAUUAGUCUAAUUGCUGUUCCAUCUAAGAAAGCUCUAGAGGAGCGGCGCAAGAAGACUCGUGGGCGUAAACGAACAAAACAAUAAUUGAUUCGAAUACGAAU